AUGUCAUCGUCGUCCACAACCUCCACCGCAGUCGCAACCGUUGACCACCUCGCUGAUGAGAACGUUGAUUCCACUGACUCCGACAUUCGUUAUGCAGCAUACGGUGCUCGUCUCAGAACUGCUCUUCGCGCUUCGUCUCGAUAUAUAGCCUAUACCAGCGACGUCGGUGAAGCUUUUCGUCCCGUUGUCCCUCCAUGGGCGGUCGCCGCUGCAUACGGCGUAUCUUGGAUCUAUCUUUCCGGAGACGUAGCUUACGAGUCUUAUAAAGCUCAUAGGCGUGGUCCAACUCCACUAGAGGCUACCAACUUCUCAGAACCAACAAGAAUUAGCCUUGUUGCAGUUCAAAGGGCCACCUUUCAGUCUAUUGCUUCGAUGGCACUUCCUGCGCUCACCAUACACACCGCCGUCAAACAAGCAAAAAAGGCUUUUACCAACGUCCAGAAUCCUCGCGUUCGAGUCUGGGGUCCAACCAUAACUGGUCUUGCCAUCGUUCCCACUCUACCAUAUAUCUUUGACCAUCCUGUUGAGCAUGUUACAGAGAAAGUGUUUGAAUGGAUUAAAGAGCGACUAGCGAAGCAAAACACCCAUGUGGGCAAGGACAAGGACAAUCUUUAG